UCGAGGCAAAGUUUCAGUCAAUUUUCAGCAGUCAAGCCAAGCGGACGUACAAAAAAUAUAUCAGCUAGCACAUACGUCGGGAAUAUAUAUAUAUUCAUAGCGAUAGGAGUAUUAGGUACUUAAGAAAGCGUCAUUGUACUUGAACCUCGCAAAUAAAAAUAAAAAAAAAAAACAAACAUGUCAGCUCGCCGCGUCACAUUGAACACACGCGUCUCGCGCGCCUCCAACUCCACGCCGGUGGGUGGAGCGUCCACCUCGUCGCGGGGGGGAGCCACCAGCCCCACCUCGCCCACGCGCACCACCCGCCUGCAGGAGAAGGAGGAGCUGCAGCAUCUGAACGAUCGUCUCGCCUGCUACAUCGAUCGCAUGCGCAACCUGGAGAACGAGAAUAGUCGCCUCACCCAGGAGCUGCACUUGGCCCAGGAUACGGUCAACCGCGAGACCUCCAACCUGAAGGCCGUCUACGAGAAGGAGCUGGCCGCCGCCCGCAAGCUGCUGGACGAGACGGCCAAGGAGAAGGCCAAGCUGGAGAUCGAUAGCAAGCGUUGGUGGGAGGAGAACGACGACUUGAAGCAGAGACUCGACAAAAAGACCAAGGAGGCAACCGUGGCCGAGAACAAUGCCCGCCUCUAUGAAUCUCGCUACAAUGAGGUCAACAACAAAUACAACCAGGCCCUGGUGGACCGCAAGAAGUUCGAGGAUCAGGCCAAGGAUCUGGCCAUUGAGAACGAGCGGCUGCGUCGCCAGCUGGACGAUCUGCGCAAGCAGCUGGAGGCCGAGACACUGGCCCGUGUCGAUCUGGAGAACCAGAACCAGAGCCUGCGCGAGGAGCUGGCCUUCAAGGAUCAGGUCCAUACCCAGGAGCUCACCGAGACCCGCUCCCGUCGCCAGAUCGAGAUCAGCGAGAUCGACGGCCGCCUGUCGCGCCAGUACGAGGCCAAGCUGCAGCAAUCCCUCCAGGAGCUGCGCGACCAGUACGAGGCCCAGAUGCGCGCCAAUCGUGAGGAGAUCGAGCUGCUGUACGACAACGAGAUCCAGAACCUCAAGGCUGCUGCCGCCCGGGCUGCCCAGGGAUCCGCUCAUGCCACCGAGGAGGUUCGUCUCAUGCGCACUAAGAUCGACAGCCUGAACGCCAAGCUGCAGGACCUGGAGAACACCAAUGCUGGAUUGAAUACUCGCAUCCGAGAGCUGGAGAACCUGCUGGACACGGAGCGACAGCGCCACAACCAGUACAUUGCCUCCCUGGAGGCCGAGCUGCAGCGCAUGCGCGACGAGAUGGCCCAGCAGUUGCAGGAGUACCAGGAUCUGAUGGACAUCAAGGUGUCCCUGGACCUGGAGAUCGCCGCCUACGACAAGCUGCUGUGCGGCGAGGAGCGUCGCCUCAACAUCGAAUCCCCCGGACGCCCCGGCACCGACUCGGGCAUCUCCAGCAACGGCAACAGCGCCCACUUAAGCGCCAGCAGCAGCUCCCGAUCCGGAAGGGUUACCCCCAGCGGACGUCGCUCGGCCACCCCCGGCAUCUCGGGCUCCAGCGCCGUGAAGCGCCGUCGCACUGUGAUCGACGAGAGCGAGGAUCGCACACUGUCCGAGUACUCGGUUAACGCGGCGGCCAAGGGCGACCUGGAGAUCAUCGAGGCGGACGUCGAGGGACGCUUCAUCAAGCUGCACAACAAGGGCACCGAGGAGAUCAACCUGACCGGCUGGCAGCUGACCCGCAUCGCCGGCGACGAGGAGCUGGCCUUCAAGUUUUCGCGCGGAUCCAAGGUCCUGGGCGGAGCUAGUGUGACCAUUUGGUCAGUGGAUGCCGGCACUGCUCACGACCCCCCAAACAACCUGGUGAUGAAGAAGAAGUGGCCGGUGGCCAACUCGAUGCGCUCCGUCCUGGCCAACGCCGACAAAGAGGUGAGAGUCUUGUCGAUAUACAACACGUGCGGCACUUGUGACAUCUGCCGCCACUGCAGACACCUCGAGUUCGUGCUCGACCAGAUGUUGCCAGCUACGACCGUGUCCGUGCUAACGUUUCCAGCCACGUCUCGCGUCACCGGAGCAGCGGCACGCCCAGCACGGGCUUUACCCUCGGUUCCGGAGCUGGCUCCACUGGCGUAAGGAGUCUCUUCUCCCUGCUCUUCUAAGCGGGGGCAGCAGCCAGAACUUAAUUCGAAUCGGAUUGGAGAAGCCACAUCUUCAAACUCACAACUCACCGCAGAGAUUCACAGACUCCGAGAGCAACUGCUAAACUGCUAUAUUGCCCCACAUUCACAGAAAUCACCCAAGGAUCUGAUCUGAUGUAUACCUAUAUAUCUGAUGUAACGUCAUAUCAAUAUCAAGUGAAUAAUGUACAACAACUACUUUGGUUCAACUCUUAAUGUUUAAAUGUUUAAGUGCCUUAAGUGAUCUAAUGACGCAACUAUUUUUGUUUAUUUUUUGGCUCUAUGUGUAUCCUAUGCUAAGUAAGAUUUUUGUCGCCUUACACUUUCUGUAAUUUAUGAUUGUCCUCAUGAGAAGAUAAAAUGCAUUUCGGUAAAAAUAUAUAAUAAAAAAAACAAAGAUAUGUAUUCAAGUA